AUGAGUUAUUCCUACUUUAAUUUUGAUAAAAACCUUGAUUUGGAUCCCUCCUUGCAAUCUUCCAAUUUCGGGAGUUACAACCCAGUCAACACAGUUGAUUACCUUAACCAAGAAAUGGAUCACCCGUCUCACCUGAUGAACCCAGGCGAGUUCGAGGAAAGUGGACUGUGUGAACACGUUAAGCCAUUUAACACGGACUACGUGAAUUGCGAGUCGUUCUCGACGCGAUACACAGAAGGGUCAUACGACCAGAACGCACAGCAAAUGUCAAUGAACUAUAGCAUGGACUCGCUGACAGAGUCAAUGCUGAAGCAACUUGACACGCCGAAGCUGUUCUCACACAACGACGUGGAUUACCCAGACGCGCUGCACCUUAACUCGCUGGACCCGCAAAUGCUAAGGAGACUGUAUGACGCAGGAAUCAACGUAAGCACGGAGUCGAAAGACGACUCGGACCUGGACUCGACGAAGAAAGACCACUUCAAGACCUCGAGAAGAAGAGGAAGGAGAGUGGAGGAGGCGAAACCGAUGCAGAAGAGCGGCUCCGCAGUGAAGAGCCCGUCGAUUAAGCCUUCAUCUAAGUCGAAGAACGGGUCGAAAGGAUCAUUCGGAACGCUCAACUACAGCUGGCUGAAGGACUCGUUCUUCAACUGCCAAAUACUGGGAAACGUGGUCUCAAUAGCACAAGACCAGACGGGGUGCAGAAUGCUGCAGCGACAGCUGGAGUGCAACGACCACCAGUUCAUCGCCUCAGUGCUCAACGAGGUGCUGGACAACCUGUACAUGCUGAUGACGGACCCGUUUGGAAACUACCUGUGCCAGAAGCUGAUGAGCGUGUGCGACUCGGAUCAGCUGGGCAAAAUCAUCACCUCAUGCGAGCCGCAGUUCAUCUCAAUAUGCCUUAAUAUGCACGGCACGCGCGCAAUUCAGAAGCUGAUAGAGGUGGUGACUGAGGAGAACAUAACGAGGAUCACGUCGAUCCUGUCGACGGGAGUGGUGGACCUCGUCAACGACCUCAACGGAAACCACGUGAUACAAAAGUGCCUAGUCUCACUGAGCAGUGAGCACUGCGACUUCAUCUACAAGGCGAUGAACGAAAACUGCGUGUACCUGGCGACGCACAGGCACGGCUGCUGCGUGAUGCAGAGAUGCAUAGACGCGGCGAGCCCGGCGCAGCGAGCUAAGCUGAUCGACACGAUCUCCUCGAAGACGCUGGAGCUCGUAGAGGACGCAUACGGGAACUACGUUAUCCAGUACGUGCUGCGCCUGAAGGACGACGCGAUCAACAGCAGGAUCGUCGCAUUCCUCUGCGAAGACGUCACCAAGUUCGCGAAGCAGAAGUUCAGCUCAAACGUGGUGGAAAGGUGCCUGAUCUUCUGCCCACUUGAGGUGAGGAGCACGCUCAUCAGCAAGUUCCUCAACGUGCCCUUCGACGUGCUCAAGGACCUGAUCCUGGACCCGUUCGGGAACUACGUUAUCCAGAGAGUGCUGAACGUGGCGCAGCCGGACGAGCUGACCUCGCUGCUCGACAGCAUACAGCCGCACCUGGAGGAGCUGAAGGUGGCCUCGUCGGGAAAGAGGAUCGCGGCCAAGAUCUCGAGGAGGUCAAACACGAGCUCGAGCAGCGCCUCCGCGAACUCGGGCUCGAGCAGCAUGGUCUCGAACUACAGCACCUACGGCUCAGGCAACAACCUCUUCGAGAUCUUCAGCGAGACCUCGGAGGACGGCAUCGGGUACCCGGGAUACCUGAACAGCGAGUACCCGUCGCUCUCCGCGAACGCAAGCACAAGCGCGAGCGCGCAGCAGAGCGCAACCUACGCGGAGAAGAGCAAGAGCAACGACCCGGCAUACAACAUCAACGACGACCGGGACUACAUAAUAGACCUGAUCAACAAGACCAACUCGAGCAAGGGUGCCGCAGCCGCCCUUCACCAGGGCCGCAUGGGCGACCUCGUGAAGGACGGCCUCGACUUCUCGGCCCUUGAACCGGAGAAGUACGACCAGAACGACCCGUUCGUGCGCGACUUCUGCGACAUGUUUGACGGCUACGACCCAUACCAGGCCGAUUCGUACUCGAGUAACCUCUGGUCCAACAACAUGUAG